CGGGCUCGCUGCGGGCUCGGGGCUGGGGGCUUUCCGCGGAGGGCGCGCCCGGGCCCGCUCCCGCUCCGGCCUUCCAGAUUGGGCCUGCGUCCCGAAGUGACCUCAGCCUGACCUCGGACAGCUGCUUGUGACCUUGGCCUGCCCCAGCACCCUUGCUUGCAUCGACCUCAGCCCCAGCCCCGGAUUCAAACGCCAGCCUUACGCCCCCUCCUCAGGGCCGGAUCGCGGUCGAGGAGUCAGGGGAGGGCGGGCGUGGGGCGGGCAGUGGCGCUCCGCAGGAGUGGGCCGGCGCUGGGUGGAUGAGUGGGAGAGGUGGGCGCGGAGAGGCAGAUCCCCAGGUAGGGCCGGGUGGUGUUCUGGCAGGCGCUGAGCGGGGCUCUUGCAGGCAGUGUCCUUGUCGUCGAAGGCCGGUCUGUCCCGGGGCCGGAAAGUGAUGCUGUCCGCCUUGGGCAUGCUGGCGGCAGGGGGUGCAGGGCUGGCUGUGGCUCUGCAUUCUGCCGUGAGUGCCAGUGACCUGGAGCUGCACCCCCCAAGCUAUCCGUGGUCCCACCGUGGCCUCCUCUCUUCCCUGGACCACACCAGUAUCCGGAGGGGUUUCCAGGUGUAUAAGCAGGUGUGCUCCUCCUGCCACAGCAUGGACUACGUGGCCUACCGCCACCUAGUGGGUGUCUGCUACACGGAAGAAGAAGCUAAGGCGCUUGCGGAGGAGGUGGAGGUUCAGGACGGCCCCAACGAGGAUGGGGAGAUGUUCAUGCGGCCAGGGAAGCUGUCUGACUACUUCCCGAAACCAUACCCCAACCCCGAGGCCGCUCGAGCAGCCAACAGUGGAGCACUGCCCCCUGACCUCAGCUACAUCACGAGAGCUAGGCACGGUGGUGAGGACUACGUCUUCUCCCUGCUAACGGGCUACUGCGAGCCGCCCACCGGGGUGUCACUGCGAGAGGGCCUCUACUUCAACCCCUACUUUCCUGGCCAGGCCAUUGCCAUGGCUCCUCCCAUCUAUGAUGAGGUCUUGGAGUUUGAUGAUGGCACCCCAGCCACCAUGUCCCAGGUGGCUAAGGACGUGUGUACCUUCCUGCGCUGGGCAUCCGAGCCAGAGCACGACCAUCGCAAACGUAUGGGGCUCAAGAUGUUGAUGAUGAUGGGCUUGCUAAUUCCCCUGAUCUAUGCCAUGAAGCGGCAUAAGUGGUCAGUCCUGAAGAGCCGGAAGCUGGCGUAUCGGCCACCCAAGUGACCCUGCCCAAUGUCUGCUGUCUUGUGUGAAUGGGGAGCCUCAAGCCAAGGAGCGACCCUGGACCUGUUCAGGCCUCAGCUGGCCCUCUUGGCCAAGCCCCACUUUCUUUGGUUAAAGAGGGGAGGGGCCAGGAGAUCAGGUUCUAGCUCCAGAUCCUUCAGCCUCCAUCAUGGAAAUAAAUUAAGUUUCUCAACACA